CGCGUGUAACGUGAGACUGCGGAAGAGGUUUUCCUGUCAAGAAUCUAAACAUUGUCCAAGUGAGAGGGGGAAGAAGAGCUUUGCAGAUAAUUGGGUCCAGACAACUUCCCCAGGACUAGACGUGUUUUCCCACCGAGUCAGAGGGACCUGAGUGCCCUGGUAGAGGAGAAGAUGCUGCACGAGCCAUCAGGAGAUAGCUAUGGCUCCAAGUUCACUCCUCUGGUAGUGGUGGAACUGGCCUCAGACACUAAGGAAGAAGCAAUUGCAUGGCUGCUGGACAGGAUACGAGAUAAACAACAGAAUGGAGGUGCUGAGCUGCUGGUAGAGCAGCUGAGCCCUGGAGUUGUGGCUUCAGAAAAGGAAAACCCCAACAUGUUCCUGGUGGGGGCUUCCUGGCAGAGGCUGCUCUCUGGGGCUGAGGAUGUGGGCCUUUUCAAGGAGUUCAGUGACGGAUCCAUGAGGGGCUUCACAUGUGCCACCAAAAACAGCUUCAAAGACUUCAAAGGGGAAGGGGAUGACUUCCUCAGUAUGGCUGAGUGUCAGUACAUCAUAAAACAUGAGCUGGACACUUUGAGAGCCAAGGAUGAGACUCACGUACCAGGAUACACCCACGCCAAGCUUUACCCCGGGAAAUCCAUCGUUCGCAGACUGCAGUCCAAGGGGAUCCUGGUCCAGAUUUUUCCUCUCCAUGAAAAAGAGGAGCUGAAGAGACUUUCCUUCUCCUGGUACAAAAAGAUCAAGUUGUCCCUCCAGCCUCUUGAUGACAUCAGACAUUAUUACGGGGAAGGCCUGGCGCUGUACUUUGGUUUCCUUGAGUACUUCACCUUUGCCCUGGUGCCUAUGGCUCUCAUAGGAGUCCCUUACUAUCUCUUUGACUGGGAGGACUAUGACAAAUAUGUUGUCUUCGCUGCGUUCAACUUGGUGUGGUGCACUGUUAUCCUGGAGGUAUGGAAGCGGAAUAGCGCCUCACUGGCUUAUGGAUGGGGCACGCUGAGCAGGAAGAAGGCCUUUGAAGAGCCUCGUCCUGGUUUCCAUGGCGUCCUUGGAUUCAACCCUGUUACGGGCCGUGAAGAGCCCCUCUACCCCAAUGCCAAGAGGCAACUUCGCAUCUACCUUGUCUCCCUGCCCUUCGUCCUGCUCUGUCUCUACCUGUCUCUCUACGUCAUGAUGAUCUACUUUCAGAUGGAGGGUUGGGCACUGUCGAUCCAUGAUGAGAACCCCACAUUCUGGACAGAUAUACUGUUGUUCAUCCCCAGUAUUAUUUAUGCUGUGGUGAUAGAGGUCAUGAACCUUAUCUACAGAUAUGCUGCUGAGUUCCUCACUGAAUGGGAAAAUCACAGGCUAGAGUCUUCAUAUCAGAAUCACUUGGUCCUUAAAGUGUUGGUCUUCAACUUCGUCAACUGUUUUGCCUCGUUAUUCUACAUUGCGUUUGUAAUGCAAGACAUGAUGCUGCUCAGACAGAGUCUGGCCACCCUGUUGAUUACCAGCCAGAUCCUGAACCAGUUCAUGGAGGCCUUCCUGCCCUACUGGCUCCAGAGGAGACGUAACAAGAAAAUGAUCCGUAGAGUCCAGAAGAGGAAACUUUUAGAGGAUAAGGAGCUUCCUCUGGCCAAUCAGGUCAGGCUGGAAGCCGACAUGAGCACAUACCUGGGCACAUUUGAUGACUACCUGGAGCUGUUCUUGCUGUUUGGUUACGUCAGUUUGUUCUCCUGCGUCUACCCCCUGGCUGCUGUGCUAGUGGUGCUGAACAACAUCACCGAGGUUUACUCUGACGCCUUCAAGAUGUGCCGAGUGUUCAAACGGCCCUUUUCCGACCCAGCGUCUAACAUUGGGGUCUGGCAGCUUGCCUUAGAGGCCAUGAGUGUGAUAGCCAUAGUGACCAACUGUGCGCUCAUUGGCAUGUCACCACAAGCCAAGGCUUACUUCCCUGAGUCGGACACACAGCUCAUACUAUGGAUAGCGGCUGUUGAGCACGGGCUACUGGCCUUGAAGUUCAUCCUGACCUUCCUCAUCCCAGAUGUUCCCAAACACAUCCAGAUCAAACUGUCUCGGCUGGAGUUUGAAUCCCUGGAGGCUCUCAAGAAAAAGAAAAUUCUCGAGACCUCGGAGCUCAGUAAGGCUGCCCAGUGAGGGAGAGAGGAGAGCAGCAGCCUACAGAUACUGAUCGACCACUGAGGACAGCUUCACGCGGUUUUUAACAAAUCAAACUGCUGUUUACACCGCCUCGCUGACUGGCAGGCUUAUCCCCGCAUAUAUGUAUUAAUGCAUAUAUGUAUUACGAUACAAUGUCGAAAAAGAUUUAAAAAGAGUGUUGGAUGUUUUCUGUUGCUGAGUUUUUGUGUCGGGCUGUACUAUAUUUAUAUCUUCACUGCAACACUAAAGUAAAAUGAGGUUGAGCAUCUCUUAUUCUCGCUAGCAAUAGAGAAAUACUGUACAGUGUUGUUCAGAAUAGACCACGACUGUUUACCAAAUGUAUUCUGUUGGCCUUCACAUCGAAUGUACUGUAACCAGGCUGUAUUUGGGGGUGGUGGGCUGGACAAGUGUCACAUUUAUGGGUUAUCGGUGAGGGAUUUAGCAAGGACCUGAAAGGUGUUCAAAUCAACGGAGAAUUCUCUAUACAUACUGUACAGUAGCAAGUAUUGAUCACACACCCAGCACUUUUCAUGAAAAUAGUUUUUCCUCAUGAUACAUUCUCUUUCCCAGCUUCUGAGGUCACAUUUAAUCAACAGAGUUGCUGAAGGAUUAUGCGUUAGACAGCACGCCGUUUUUCAGGCCUUGAAAAACAUGCCCACCUAUUAACAUAAUUACUAUUGAAGUAUACGGGAUGAUCGAGUACACACAGUCAACACACUUCACUAUCACAGUGUAACAGCGAGCAGCAUCUUUAAGCACUGCAGCUGCUUGAAAAAUGGACUUCAGAACGGUUUUGUGUGUCUUGGGAGUCCUGGUGUGGCUCUGCAUUCCAAAACCUCCGUAAAAAUAUUGAUUUUUGGUGGACUGUCCCUUUAUCUAUGCAUGUUAAACACAAACAGGGUAUUAUCUGAUUGAAAAAAAAAAAAAAAAAUCUAUGAUCUAAAAUAUUGUACGAACGGCACAGCUGUCAUUUAAGUUUGUUUCAACACUAGUGCUCCUAAUAAGUCAGAGGAUGAGUUAUUAUUUAUUUUAAAAUAUAGACAUGCACUAUGCAAAGCCUAUCAGCAACUUUGUUUUGUAUACUUAGACCAACCAGUGGUAUUUACAGUAUUCCCAAAUGUGUUGGAAUUAUCAGGGAAAAAGCAGAAUGAAACCAAAGUGACACAUUCUGCAACCCCUGGCUCAAAUAAAUCAAAGUGCAAUUA